AGCUCCUCACUCACUCACUCACUCACAAGCACUCUUUCUCAUUCCUUUGUUACUCAUAUAUUUCACCUCUUUCAAUUUUCUCUCUUCAAGUUUUCUUUUACUUUUCACUUUUUGCGUCCUAAAUGGCCACAGUUGAGGUAGCAUCAGCUCCAUCAGCAUUGGCUGAGGUCAAUGAGACAACUGAAGUGACAAAGACUGAGGAGACAGUAAAGGUAGAGCCAGUGGCUGCACCCGCUGCCCCAGAACCCGUCACUGAAGAACCAAAAGAAGUGACACCUGAAGCCCCAGCAGCAGAGCAACCAGCUGCUCCAGAAUCUGUAGAAGCUCCAGUAGAAGUUGAGACCAAGGAUAUUGUGGUUGAGGAAACCAAGGUUGAGACAGAGGAGCCAGCAGCGGAGAAGCCAGCAGAAGAGACUCAAGAAGUGAAAGCAGAACCCGUUGCUGAGGAAGAGACCAAAGAAGAGACUGUUGAAGCCACUGAAGUAGCAGCAGCCCCAGCUGAGGUAGAGAAACCAGUUGAGGAAGAGAAGCCAGCUGAAAAAGCAGUGGAGCCUAGCACUGAAGUCCCAGUUGAGAAGAUUGAGGAAUAGAGCUUUAUGAAUGAAGUGAUACUAGAAGAGGGGAUCGUUUAGUUUUGGCCCUUUUGGGUGUCUUUCAAUUUAGGUUGCAUUGUUUCAAGGUUGAGAAUGCUAUUUAGUUCUAUUUCUCUAGUUUAAUUAUGUUUAUGAUUCAGGUAAGGCUUUGGAUGGGUUUGAAAUCUCGAAGGUAGACAGUGUAAGUACUUGGAGCCAUGUCAGCAUUCUUCCAUAUACCUUAUAUAUGAAAUGGUCCAUAUAUGGAGGAAACUCUGUGAAGUUUAUACAUAGGAGGAUUUAAGUGUGCAAGGUGGGGGGUGUGGAUGUUGGUUCCAAAAGGGUCAGAUGAGUUUGAUAUGGUGUGCAUUGAUGAGAUGUGAUUUCUAGAUUUGAAUAAUAAUAAUAUUACUAUUAUCUUUCUGUUUUC